AAUAAUCAUUACUUUCUUAAAACGAACAACGCCCAUCAGCGGAACCGAUUUAGAAGAGAGCUGCGAACUGUCGGGAGAAGACUUCUGAAGUUAUAGGUUCGACAUGGCGAUAAGUCCCUUACUGCUACUUCUUGCGGUACUUGUGAAUAUUGACGCCUUUUUUCCAAAUAGGCUCACAUCAACUAAGCUAGGGAAUGGAACGUUAACUCACAAGGACAUCACAGAGAUUGGUAUAUUACAAGCCGUUGCUGGGUACUUCGAGGAUAAUCCCAGAGACGGAAGUCUUAUCCAAGCGGGAGAGUUGAGAGGAAUUGAGGGCAUAACCGCUUUGAAACUGUUUCAACGUUACUACGGAGAUGGGGUCUCCGGGAGCCGUUUACAGGCUGCCAUCAACAACAUUGUAACAGCUAACAAUCUGGUUUAUUUGGAUCACCUUCACGAAGCUGUAUGGCACUGUAGUGGCGAAACCAUCAAGGAAGCACACGAGAAAAUGGCAGGCCUCCGAGAUCAUGCUAUACAGUUGUUGAAAAGGGACAAUGCCAACUUUGACUCAGCAAGACAGCUGAUUGGCCAGUUUCUCCACGUGAUGCAGAUGUUCUACAGCAAUAGCAAUUGGGUCGAGAUGUUCGGAGCAGACCCCUACUACGAGCUCGGUAUUCGAGGAAAACCCCUGUAUGCACAAGCUCCCCAAGCCAUGGCAACUUGCAGAUCGUGUGGGAAUCAGAUGACAUCGUGUGACAACACACUCAUCGUCGGCCAUUCCAUUCUCACAAGCGGAUAUCGGAGCGGCCAGGACAUUAAAAAACCAUACAGAGAUCCGAGUACGACCCAGCUAGGGAAGUGCAGCCAUGGUGGUCGACGCGAUGCUUCAGGCAAUGACUCGGCAGCCCUGGGUGGCAUCAACAAGGACUCGAUUCUCGCGUCUCUGUCUCCGCACCACAGCCUCCACGAAAUGGCAGCUCAGGCUGCUAUCAACCAUACUGCCUACUUCUUCCUAGACCAAGACUAUGGCCUCCGUGCUGUUAUUGGUAAAGAGAAAUAUGAACAAUUCCUCCAACUCAAGUCCGGUAACUCGAUGAUCUUCACGAUCGACACAACUGGUUCUAUGAGUAACGACAUAGCAGCGGUCAAGGCGCAGGUCCGGGACAUCAUACAGACAGCUGUGGGGACGACAGAUGAACCCGCCAAUUACAUUGUGUCACUCUUCAAUGACCCCGUCAACAUGACAACGGUUUUCCAGUCAGGAAACAGCACGGAGACCCUGAUAUAUAUCCAAAGCAUCAGGGUACAUGGCGGGGGAGACUGCCCUGAGUAUAUCCUGGACGGUAUUGAAAAAGCGUUGUCAGUCUGUAACCCGGACUCCCAAAUGUACGUGUUCACUGAUGCCUCAGCUAAAGACUUCAACAGAGUAGAUCGCAUCCUGACGCUGUUGGACCAGAAGAAGGUGAAGAUAGACUUUCUUCUCACCAGUGAUUGUUCAAGGCGGCGCAGGGAAACGGAAGGUAAUCAAGGUGUCAAGGAAACUCUACGAAUUCGACGUUCUGCAAGUGGCGAGGAUCUGUACCGGUCUCUAGCUGAGGCCACGGGAGGGACUGUGUACGUCACAGACAAGACAGCUAUACACAGAGUGGCCGCGGUCAUACGCGAAUCGGCAAAAGCUUCUUCGGUAACCAUUCUCAAGAAAACAGUCCCCUCUUCAGAAACACUGAACAUCAGCGUACCAGUCGAUAGCACCGUGGAACGCCUCACUAUCAUGAUCAUAUCGAGCGGUGAAGCCAGAGAAACAAUAUAUAACCCGCAAGGUACAAUUCAAACAACACAUCAACACAACUACACAGUGGAAAAUCUGAGUUCAAGUAUUAAAAUGAUUAAGAUCGACUUCCCCCAAGCCGGUGGGUGGAGAGUGGUCCGCCAGGAUUCCAACUCCUGGGAGGUGGAGGUGACUGGUCAGAGUACCCUGGAUAUAUCUACAACCUUUGUGAAGCUGGACCAUAGCACUGGCUUUGAGUAUGAGAUCAGAGGACGGCCUAUUGCAGGCAAAAAUACUACUCUUGUCUUAAGCGUUUCUUCUGCCGAUCUUAUCGCAACACUCGAUACUAUUCAUCUGCUGGACUCAGAUGGUUCAGAGUCAGCACAGUACGAUUCUCUAAGACGAAUACCAGGACGAGAUGGCAUUGCCGAAUACAGACUGCAGUUCCCCCUGCCCGAUCAGGGAUUCCGGGUAUCUGUCUCUGGCAAUGAUGUGUUGGGGAACCGGUACACCAGACUACAGGCUCGGAGUAUUAUCCCGGUGGCUAUUCAGUUACACGUACUUCCACUAAAUGGAAGCCUUUAUGUAAGGGAAGAGUUGACCUUGGUAUUCGUGGUGACCAAUAAGGGCGAUGUGACGACCAACAUCACUGUGUCUGUGGAGGACGACCAGGGGUUUGCCCAAGCACCGCAUGCCCUCAACUAUGUCAUGUCCCCGAACCAGAAUGUCUCAGGGGACCUCCGGCUGGUGGCAGGGGCGACUGAGGGCGUGACAAGUACCGUCACCAUCUCCGCUAAAUCUACAUCCGGCAGGGGAGAUAAUUUUCAGUAUGAAGUGAAACAUAUCUCGACCGAGAGACAUGUAACCCGGCCAGUGGAUAACGUCCAUCCAGUAUGUCACGUCACCUCGGUGAGUGGACAGUGUAACGUCACAACGCUUGACCCUUGUGUAUGUCGCCAAUACACCUGGACAGGAACAGCUGAGAUAUGGGAUGAAGGAUUUGGCCUAUAUCUGUUAUCUGCAUCUGAGAAAACAUUCUUGGUUUACGACCCUUUCCUCGUAGGCCAAACCAGGAACAACGGUUCAAUACAUGCUUCUGUUCGGGGCGACUGUUGCCAUCCAGUGUCCUACAUCACUGUGGUCGACCUGGCCAGCAACACCGGACUGUGUGUAUUUGAUCUCCUCCCAGGAUGGAACGGAUCCUUACACAGAUGUGAAACAACACCAUCAACUGCGAUUACAACAUCAACAACAGCAAAAUCAAUUAAGUGGGUUGCCCCAGAAACUACAGGGUUACUGUCCCAUAAGGAAAUUGUGAUCGCAGCCUCAGUCGGUGGGUGUGUCAUCUUCGUGGUGAUGGUGGUCGCUGCCGUCGUCAUCUACAGGAGAAAGGCUCCAGAGAACAUGUAUGCUGUUGAUGGAAGCUCAAGACGUUCAUAAAGAUUUGUGCUUUUUAUGUGCAUUGUAAAACUUUGCCGUAAAUUUGUAGGGUAAAUUACCGACAGGUGUGCUUUUUACCUGAAAAAGAAAUACCGUAAACAGUAAAAAAACGAAUCUCCGUAAUUGCACAACUGUAUAAUUAUUAUAAUGGUAAAUUACCAUUAGAUGUCAAACUACCAAGGGCCUAUUACCGAAAUUAAACGAUGCAUUGUCAAAUAUAAGCUUUGCACCUAUCAUCUAAUUUUUAUUAAACAAAAAUAGAUAAA